CAUACGGCCGCCGGGGCCCUACAGCCGGUUCCCGCCCGCGGAGAUGCACGCGUGGCUCGACGGGCUCCAGCGCAAGAUCGCACACGGCAUACACCCCCCGUCCCCCCCCGCUGUCUCCGAGGAGGACAACGUCGAGGCAGUCGAGGCAGACGGCGCAGCGUACGCCACCGACGAGCAGUCGAGCCACGGCGACGAAUCUGACGGUAUCGAAUACAUCGGCCAGUCCAACUCUCCCCAACCACCGCUCCCAAACCUCUACCCCCCCCUCCCCGACGCGCCCACACCCUACGCCGACCCCGGCGCCCCCCGCACAGCUGCUUCCCCCGCCGUCCCUCCCCUCGGCGGCGGCCAUGACCUCGUUGUGGAGCAGGACGCUAUGCAGAUUGACCCCAAUUUGCUCCAGGACGGGUACCAGAUUGAUGCGGGGUUUCUGCAGGAUUUGGUGCAUCAUGUAUCGCAGGGUAUGGCCCCUCCACCGCAAGAAGGGGAUGCAGAGGAUUAUGAGGGGGAGGAGGAGGUGGUUGAUGGCGCGUACGAUGAAGAUUUCAUGAUGAGCGGGGAUGAAAGAGAGCAGGCGCGAGACGUUGAAGAGUACAGUGAAGAAGAAGAAGAAGAAGACGAAUUGGUAGAUGAGCCAUCUGGUAUGUCACCAACAAAACCGGUCAUCUCAUAUCCAAACGAUACUAACAAGGAAACAGAUGAAGAGCAAGAAUCACCGAUCAAGGUACAGGCAGCCACCGUUCGAGAGGUGAUUGAAAUCGGCUCGUCAUCGGAAGAAGAAGCGUCAGAAGAUGGGUCUGAAGCCGGACGACGAGAGGAAGAUGAAGAAGAGGUGGAAUAUGAAGAGGAGGAGGAGGACGAACUGGCAAGGGAUGAACCUCGACACCCGUCUUGGUUUGUUGACGAGGCGGCGGCGGAGGAGGAGGAGGAGGAGGAGGAAGAGGAGGAGGAGGAGGAAGAGGAGGAGGAGGAAGGGGAAGAGGAAGAGGAGGAGGAAGAGGAGGAUGAACAAGAUACAACACAUUCACAAACGCCAGUAGAUCUUCUUGAUCAAGAUAAUGAACUAGAACGACAACAAGAAAAAGAGUCCCUGCAAGAAGAUGUCCAAGGACAAGUCCAACUCCCUCGAUCGUCGCCCGCGCCCACAGGCAUCCCUGUCGAAACCGUCGAAAUCGUCGAAAUCGUCGAGACCGUCGAGACCUCUGAAACCACCACGCGAACCACCGAGGUUAUAGAGGUUGAAGAGAUGGAUGAUGAAGAUGAGCUGGCAGAUGAUGAUGAUGAUAAAGUGGAUAUCGAACGGAACGAACAAGUUGAAUUCCCUUCUACUACCCCUGCGCCCGAUGCAGCUGUAGAACAGCGACAACAGGAGCAUCAGCAGCAGCAGCAGGAGGCAGACACGGGUCUCGAGGUCACAGAGAUUGUAGAGACUCGUGAAACCGGGGAAACAAAAACUACAAACUUGCCCACAGGCAAAGAAGAGGCGGUGCAAGUCGAGGACGAUGUGGUGGUCACCAUCACAACUAUUCAAGAAAAAGGACAAGCGGAAGCCGAAGCCGAAGCCGAAGGAAGCGGAUCUCGGGUGCAUCCAGAACCGCCUAUCGAUCUGUUGCGACCGGCCCUCGAGGAUGGACCCGUGUGGGAAAUCCCCCAAGGUAGUAAUGACUCUACUCUUCGCGCCGCAUCCGCACCUUUCGAAACUCUGCCCGAAACCGCUGCAGACGCAGACGCAGACGCAGACGCAGACGUAGACGCAAACGGAGACCUGCCGGACCCUGCUGCCCCUCCACCCCCCACCUCUCAAAUCGCUCCCCUCUCCCCUCACUCUCUCCGCCCCCACCCGCCAGCUACCGCAUCCGUCAUCGUGCAGCUUCCACCCGACGAACCCCCCUCCCGAAUCGAGGACAUUUCCUCCACCCCGCCAAGCAUCAACGAGCGCGAACAAACGCCCGUCGAGUUCCCUGACCCAAAGGGCGCACCACCAGACACGAACACGCAAGCACCUAUUGAUCCCCACGAUCUCAAACCCAGAGCGUCUUUUUCACCUUCCCUCAUCGUCGAGCCUCCUGCUGACCCCCGUCCGGUCGGUGAGAUCUCUGCCGUUGUCUCGCGGGCGGCUACGCCAGUGCAGUUUCCAGACCCGCGCCUGCCCCCUGUUGACUCGUACCUAGAAGCUCCGAUCACGCCUCACCGUCUUGAACCGAGAUCCCGGGCGCCGACUGAGAGUCUGAUGGUCGAGGAUGGGCAAGAGGAAGGUAGUGUGGCUGGGCGUACUGUGGAUGGAGCGACAGAGAUUGAACGUGCGCCCAUUACCGAACCUUUACACGUCUCAGAGGUAGAGGUAGAGGUGCCGGUGCCGCAGAACGGAAAUGGAACGGCUGGCCCAAUGACGUUUGACGAGGAUAUGCCGAUGGCCGCCCUGGAUGACUAUGAUGUGGAGUGGGUGCAAGCGCUGGAGCGCGGGACAGUGGCGCACAGAGAUGAGGCUGAAAUGGCCGAA